CCUUGGUAAUUCAACCCUGGACGUGAACCCUAAUCAGUCAACAAAUCAAAAAGAUAAACAGUAAUGGACCCUUUAGAAGAACAAGCACAGGAACUCGAGAUUUUGCAGUCGAUUUACCCAGACGAGCUCACGAUCUUGACACCCAUUAGAUUUCAAAUUAACAUCUUGCUCGAUACAGACUCAAAGCGUAGACAUGCCGUGCUUUUGGAUGUGACAUACACUGAAAAUUAUCCAGAAACUGUUCCUAUAUUGAAUAUAUUGGAAGGAGCGGUAGAUUAUGAUGCACUUGAAAACGAAGAAGAUGAUGACGACGAGGAAGACGGGGAAGGAAACUACGAUGAUGACGACGAUCAAACCAUAUCCAAGAGACUUUUGAAUCUUGUUGAAACGAUACAACUUGAUAGAGACGAUUAUGCCGAGCUCCUGCGAAAAAUAAGGGAUGAAGCAGAAGACAAUGUUGGUAUGCCAAGUGCAUUUUCACUAGCUUCAUCAUUGAAAGAGCACGCAGAAACCCAAUUUACUGAAAAGCUAAAAAGUAAGGAAAAGGAGAUAAUGGAUAUUCGUGAAGCUCGGGAACGUGAGGAGCAGAAAAAAUUCACGGGUACUAAAGUUACACCUGCCAGUUUUGAAAAUUGGAGGCAAAAGUUUAGGAAAGAGAUGGGAAUUGAUAGACGUUUGGACGAAAGGUACGCUGAUGUGCACAAAGGGAGGCUUACAGGUAAACAAAUUUUUGAGCAAGGCCUGGCUUCUGGUGAGGACCUGGAAGACACAACCGAUGGUAAGGAAGUCGAUAUGUCUGAGUUGAAGAAGAAGUUAGAGGAAACCACUCUUUGAGUUCUUUCACUCGCUUUCCUUGUAAUCAUAUUUCUAUUAAUACAACAGUAUAAAACAGUAAGUGGCAUUUCCCUGCCUAGUAUGUAAUCCACGCAUGAUAAUAGCAAUCAGUGUGGGUGAAUAAUCGCAAAUACUUCUGCAAAUUCUUUUGCAAAU